GGAUAUAUUGGUAGGAAGGUCACCGUUUUUCUACAGCUUUUGCUGAUAUUUAAUAUGCGGGAACCCUCCCCAUUCCAGCUGGCUAUCGAUUGCAGCUGAACAAAAUGCAUUGAAACGAUCCAUUUGGUUCGGCAGGCUUAGGUGUCACUGGUAUGUGGUCUUGCAUUCAUUGUAUUUAAAGCACAUCCUGUGUCACCGACAGCAUCAGUGUUGUUUGUGAGCUCUUACCCAAAAGACAGAGGAUCUCUUUUAAUAAUUGCAUUGUAAACGAUCGCACCACGACCCAUCUCUAAGCAUGAAUCUUCAGCAAGUUGUCUUAAGUUUGGGCGUGUUUACAACACUGCUACGUGAUCGGUGUUAUGCCGAUGAUGACACAGAACACGUUCACAUCAAGCUACACGUACCCGAAAUUAUCAACCGGCACGUCCACGUCAAGACGAAGUACAUGCACGUGUACCAUCCGAAAAAGAUCGUUCAGGAGAUGCCUCCAACGUUUGUCGACCAGCCACCAAUGGAUCACGGCAUGUGGAUGCCAUCCGGUGCCAUACCCUCGGCCAUGGUUUCUUCCCCAUCGUCGGCCCUCUCGUCGGCCCUCUCGUCAGCCUCUUCCUCAGCGAUGGCUUCCCUUUCCUCGAUGGUGCAGGACAAACUGUCGACGCAGCUCGCACAAGAGUUGAUGAUGCGCUACCGCAACCUAGACGCGCCCACUGUUGGAGCGACGAGCGAUCUACGUGAAACUGGUGAUGCUUCCGAUUACCUUCGGGAUUACUACCGCCAGCAGCGGAAGUUGUCCGAUCAGCUAAUGUUACAGGAAGCGAUGCAGCUGCCAAACUUUGCACAAACGAAGUAUCUGUCCAACAUGGGAUACAAUUGGGACAAAUCGUUUGGUGUCAAGUCGGGCGAUGGUGAAACCACGAAUCUGCUGCCAAAGAAGUCAAAGAAGAAGAAGGCUUAUGGCCACCUGUAGUCGUUCAUUUUAGCACUGUUAUUAGUUGUGUUGAAAUGUUGUUUAACUUUAUUUUGUUACGUUGUUUUUCGUGUUGAUGUAAAGAGGAAUAUUUAAAUAAAACAUUGAAUAUU